AGUUGAUUCUUCCUACACCUUACUCUGAAAUAUUAUUUCAGAAUAUUUAAGAAGAGCCAACAAUGUUUUAUUCAUUUUUUUAAAAGUACAUAUAAAAUAAAAAGUAAGAAAAGAAAGAGCAGUCUCGGCAGAAAUACAAGUCUCAAAAAUGCAUGAGCAUCCCGCAUGCCCACCAAUGUGGAUUGGAUUUGGAAACAAGUGCUUUUAUUUUUCUGAAGAAACAGGGAACUGGACAUUCAGCCAGACUUUCUGUGACUUAUUGGAAGCUCAUCUUGUGCAGAUUGACACCUCAGAUGAAUUGAAAUUUCUGAAAAGAUACAAAGGCCCUUACGACCACUGGAUAGGCCUUAGCAGAGAAUCGCCAAGUCACUCUUGGAAAUGGACAAAUAAUACUGGAGGCAACACUGUGUUUCAGGUCAGAGGAACUGGGGAAUGUGCCUACUUGAAUGACAAUGGCCUGAGCAGUGCCAGGAUUUACUCAGACAAAAAAUGGAUUUGCAGCAAGCCCAAUGUGUCCAUCUGUCAAAUUGCUUCAAACUCAUGAGUAGAAAAGCUGCAUUGUACUUGUUAUCUACAGUUGCUGAAUGUUUUUCUCAAAGUGUUGACCUAAAAAUGUGUAAUAUCAGUUGACAGCAAAGAUGAAAACUGAGUCAGAGAGAAUCGCAGGGAGCCUUCCCUCACCAAAAU